AUGACCGUCCCCAUGAACGCUUCCACCAGCCAGGACGUCGCGCCCGCUGCGCGUCCCUCGGACGUCGGUAUCCUCGCGAUGGAGAUGUACUUCCCCCGGCGUUGCAUCUCCGAGGAGGAGCUCGAGGAGUUCGAUGGUGUCUCCAAGGGCAAGUACACCAUCGGUCUCGGCCAAAAGUACAUGGCCUGCUGCGACGACCGCGAGGAUAUCAACACCUUCGCGCUUACUGCUGUCACGGGCCUGAUCGAGAAGUACAACAUUGACCCCAAGUCGAUUGGACGCAUCGACGUCGGAACCGAGACCAUCAUCGACAAGUCCAAGGCAACCAAGACCGCUCUUAUGGACUACUUCGCCGACGCGGGCAACACCGACGUUGAGGGCGUUGACUCCAAGAACGCCUGCUACGGCUCCACUGCCGCCCUCUUCAACGCCGUCAACUGGGUCGAGUCCGCCUCUUGGGACGGCCGCAACGCGAUUGUUGUCGGUGGAGAUAUUGCCAUCUACGCGGAGGGCAGCGGUCGCCCAACUGGUGGUGCUGGUGCUUUCGCGAUCCUCAUUGGUCCCAAUGCACCCCUCCCGCUUGAACCCAUCCAUGGCACGCACAUGGCGAACACGUACGACUUCUACAAGCCCAAGCUCGGCUCGGAGUACCCCGAGGCGUUCCGCACCAAGCACGCCAAGGCGAAGAAGGCACAAGGCCUCUCCGGCCCUGCGUUCUCCCUCGCGGACGUCGACUUCCCCGUCUUCCACUCGCCGUACGGCAAGAUGGUCAGAAGGCGCACGCCGCCUCGUGUACAACGACUUCAUCGCCAACCCCGACGCCCCCAAGUACGCGAACGUGCCCGACCGCGAGGCGUGGCUGCGCAGCCGUACAAGGCCUCGCUGACGGACAAGAACCUCGAGAAGACGUUCAUGGCGAUCGCCAAGGCCGACUACGACACCACGGUCGAGAAGGGCAUGCGCUGCGCGCGCCGCUGCGGGAACAUGUACACCGCGUCGCUCUACGGCGGCCUCGCGUCGCUGCUCGCGUCCGUCGAACCCGCGGAGCUCAAGGGCAAACGCAUCUCGAUGUUCGCGUUCGGCUCCGGGAUCGCGUCCUCGUUCUUCACCAUCAAGGUCAAGGGCGACACGUCCGAGAUCCGGGCGAAGCUGGACCUCGUCGCGCGCCUGGAGAGCAUGAAGCUCGUGCCGUGCCAGGAGUACGUCGACGCGCUCACCCUGCGCGAGAAGAACCACAACGCGGGCUCGUACGUCCCCGAGGGGUCGCUCGAGAACAUCUGGCCUGGCGGGUACUACCUCGAGAGCAUCGACAGCAAGUACCGCCGCAAGUACGCGCGCCGCGAGAAGGCAUGA